AUGGAUUUCGACCAUCUCGCAAAAAAGCAAUCGAAUCUGAUAUUUCAGGUGUGGCUCCAAAACCUGCUUAAAAAUUCACCGGAAGAGCUGGCAGGCAAGGUUGCUGCCCGCCAUUGUCCCGGUACACCUGUGAGAGCUGCGCGGCUGACAAACGGCGCUUUCAAUAUAUGCUACCGCGUUACCUACGAUGACGGCCACCAUGUCCUAGUCCGUUUUACUGCUCUUGGUCGGGUCAUUGCCCGUAAUGAGAAGGUUGAAGAUGAAUUUGCCAUCAUGCAAUACGUUGCUCAACACACGGCGGUCCCUAUUCCAAAGUUUCUAGAGGGGAAGCCGCUGAGUGGAUACCUCAGAGAACCGACCCCGGAGAAAGUCACACUGCGCUCAGAUAUCCACAAGUCUGUCUUGAGGAGGGCUUACUUUGGAAUGGCUGAGAUCCUGCUAGAACUGUCAAAGCCCGAGUUCCCGUUCAUUGGAGCCGUGAGACCGGACGAGACAGGGGAGUGGGGUGUACAGAAACCACCACUUACUUUCAGCAUGAAUCGACUUGACCAGUUCUCUAACAUCCCCCACGGUGUCUUUAGCCAACAGCAGUUCGAAAACGCGGCAGAUCAUUUCGAGGAGCUUGCCCGCCAGCAUUUCCACCAUUUUGAGCUACAGCGCAACGAUGCAGUGACAGACGAGGCUGACUGCCGGAGAAAGUACGUUGCGCGUUGUCUGUUCCGCAAAUUGUCGCGUGAUAUAUCCAAGGAGCACUGUAACGGUCCUUUUAGACCCUAUUGCGACGACCUCCGUCCUGACGAUGUCCUUGUUGAUGCAUCAAGUCUUGCUGUUACUGGAGUGGUGGGUUGGGAGUUUACGUAUGCUGCUCCUGUUGAAUUCACAUAUGCUGCUCCUUGGUGGCUCUUGCUGGAGAAGCCCGAAGACUGGGAAGCCGAUCUCGACCAGUUCCUGGUCCGUUUCAUGCCGAGGUUCUACACUUUUCUCGAGGCCCUCCGCGAUUGUGAGACCGAGAAGAUCAACAAUGGUUCCUUGUUACAAUCACAGCGACUAUCCCCUACUAUGGAGCAGUCGUUCGAGACUGGAUUGUUUUGGAUUUGCCUCCCUUCUCGCCAUGGUUCUAUGUUUGAUGAAAUUUAUUGGAAUACAAUUGAGGAUCGAUAUGGUUUACUUAGUGCGGAAGAGCGGGCCAACAUCGACACCAUUGUCAAGAACAAGUUGCAGCAGGCAAGUGAGCGCACUUUGGUCUCUCAUUAUAGCAUUGACGAACUGGUUGAUCUAUGAGGGUCUGUUCCUCUAUGGCUCACUACCGGUGCCUGUUUUGAGACAAAAUCGAGGACGCAUUGUGCCCUACAAUCCGGCUGUUUUGUGUCGAAUAAAGAAUGCACGACCGUUGGAAAUAUGUGAGUUACGUGUCAAUAUUCGAGAAUCAGUCGUCGUCGUUUAAGAAAUAUCCCUUCUGCAACUCUACAAGGAGUUGUGUGUAUCUUGCUAAUAUAUAUGAUGUACUCUAUCAAGUUCAUAGUCCCCGAUACAGUACAGUCGAGCCUUUAUAUCGAUCACUUCUCUAGCUGAGGAUCACAACUUUCGGUCUAUCCAAUAACUAAGAAUCCUUAUU